AUGAGCCGCAUACUAAAAGCACCGUUGAGUAUACUUUUGCUGCUGUCGUGCGCCUUCAAUGCCUCAGCGCAUGGCAGUAAGGAACAUGUGCAAGUCGAAGUACCCCCGGACGCUGAUUGGGCGACUCGACACAUGGCUGAGGAGCAUCAUAUAGCCGGUUUCGACGCCGAAUUCUUCUUCCGUCUGCACGACUAUGACAACACUGGUGUCUGGGCAAGCCAGGACAUUCGGCGUACCUACGGUCUUGAGGACCCGUCUAGCGCCUCAAUAUCUGACGCUAAAAAGCAAUUGGUUGUUCAAACCAUUCUCGAUAUGUUUGAUAUAAAUAAAGACGGCGUAAUUACUCUGGAAGAAUUCGCCAAAAAGGACGCCGAAGGCACCAAGCUACCGGACUUUGGUCUAGGCCCAGGACACCACGGCGAUGACGAAUACGAAUAUGAAAUCCACCACUGGGAGAAGUACCAUAGCGGAGACGACGUCAAGGAGGAGGACCUGAAUCACCCCGAGGACAUUGCGCACUUCAAGAUGCACGAGGAGAAGGAGGCUAGACAAGAGGAGUGGGAGAGGCUGGAGCUUAGGGGUGUCGUGGAAAAGAACAUUCCUGAAAAGUUCAGACGACAUCGGUGA